AUGCAAGUAUGGUUAGAAAUUGCUACUUCUGCGAGCAACAAUAGCUGGUCAAUUAUAUUCGAAGAUGAUAUUGAUCUUGAAAUGGCUACAUCAGAAGUUAUGGAAUCAUUUCCUCGAGAUCUCUGGAAUAAGCCAGAUAUGAUUUAUCUGGGCCAUUGCAGCAACCCAGCUGGGCCGAUAAUGUACGAAGGAAUAUAUGGAUAUCGUGUCCAUAAAGCUCUUAAUCCACUUUGUACACAUGCCUAUGCAAUACGCUCAAAUGCUGCACGUAAACUUAUCCGUCUUUUAGCCACACCACAGAGAGGAAUCGACCGUGACAUUGUUAAUCAGAUUAAUGCUGAUGAAAUAUUAGCAUUUAGUAUCCAUCCUCCAUUAGUUGUACAACGCCCUAUUUCAUCUCUCAAUCCAUCUGAUGUUCAAGUACAAAACAAGAAUUCACUUAGUUUUAGAAUUGAGAAGUGGCUUUUUUCACUGUCGAAAUGGUGGCGAGGUGUGGAAGAUUUGAAUACACUUCGUAAUUCGACCUGGGCCACAAUAGAUUCUAAUAAAGUUGACUACUGA